CGUACUUGUUUGGUGAAGUCAGUCAGGCACAGACAGCGCAACGAGCCACACCGCAUCUCGUCUUCGUCUUCGCCUCUUUGCCUUUUUCAAGAUUCGUGUCUUUCGAUUCCGAGAUACUUAAAAAUAUAUAUCACAAAUAAUUAAAAAAAUUCAGUUUAGCCACACCUUGCUAACGUCUAUUUAUGACUUUGAUAAAGUGCCCGAUACUUGGUUUAUUUUAAAGUGACAAAAAGUGAAAUUCAUAACCAAAAGCACCAUUGAGUCGCCGCCGGUUUCGAACCGGGUCCUCACUACCGAUCUUGGAGCUCCAGAAACUAUGACCGUCACCGCUUUUGCUGCAGCCAUGCACAGACCCUUCUUCAAUGGAUAUUCCACAAUGCAAGACAUGAACAGCGGCCAGGGACGCGUCAAUCAACUGGGUGGAGUUUUCAUCAACGGUCGUCCACUUCCCAACAACAUCCGCCUGAAGAUCGUCGAGAUGGCCGCCGACGGCAUCCGGCCCUGCGUCAUCUCCCGCCAGCUGCGCGUCUCCCACGGAUGCGUCUCCAAGAUCCUGAACCGCUACCAGGAAACCGGAUCCAUUCGUCCAGGUGUGAUUGGUGGCUCCAAGCCGAGAAUCGCCACACCAGAGAUCGAGAAUAGAAUCGAAGACUACAAGCGCACCAACCCGGGCAUGUUUUCCUGGGAGAUCCGUGAGAAGCUUAUCCGCGAGGGUGUCUGCGAUCGGAGCACAGCUCCCUCUGUCUCCGCCAUUUCACGCCUGGUGCGUGGUCGUGAUGCUCCUCUGGAAAAUGAGCAGUCCUCCGGAUCGGGAUCCCCAUCAGGACCUACUAAGACUUCUGCCAGCUCUUGCGGCUCGGAUGCCUCCGGCGGCGGUCAUCACAACAACAAACCCUCUGACGAGGACAUCUCCGAUUGCGAAAGUGAGCCAGGAAUCGCCCUGAAGAGGAAGCAACGCCGCUGCAGGACCACCUUCUCUGCCGCCCAACUGGAUGAGCUGGAGCGGGCCUUUGAGCGGACCCAGUACCCGGACAUCUACACUCGCGAAGAGCUGGCCCAGCGCACCAAUCUCACCGAGGCACGCAUCCAGGUGUGGUUCAGCAACCGUCGGGCUCGUCUCCGUAAGCAGAACACUUCGGUCUCGGCUCCUGGCAGCCAUGUUUCCACCUCCAGCGCCUUGCCGAGCGUUGUGUCCAGUGUGUCGAGCAUGGCGCCACUCGCCAUGAUGCCUGCUCUGGACGCCGCCAGUGUCUAUCAACAGCAGUACGACUUCUACGGCAGUGCCGCUACCGUCUCCGUUGCCGCUCCUCCAGCAGCUCCUAUGGCCAGCAGCAGCAGCAAUCUCUCGCCGGAACUGGCCACCACACCGCCGCACCACCAUCAGUUCUACACUCCCAACGGAGGCAGCAGCGCCGGCUACAUAAUUCCCGGAGAGACGGGCAACACCACUCCCACCGGCAACAUUAUCGUGUCCAGCUACGAAACCCAAUUGGGAUCCGUCUACGGCACCGAAUCGGAAGUCCACCAGUCAAUGCCUCGCAACGAGAGCCCCAACGAGUCGGUGUCCUCCGGAUUCGGCCAGCUGCCGCCCACACCCAACAGUCUGUCAGCCGUCGGUGGAGGCCUGUCCUCCUCUGGGGCGGGAGCUGCUGAUCCCUCGCAGUCGUUGGCCAACGCCAGUGCUGGCAGUGAAGAGCUCUCGGCUGCCCUGAAAGUGGAGACCGCCGAUUUGGUGGCCAAUCAGUCGCAGCUCUACGGCGGCUGGAGUUCCAUGCAGCCCCUCAGGCCCAAUGCUCCCCUGUCGCCGGAGGAUUCGCUGAACUCCACCAGCUCCACCAACCAGGCCCUGGAGAUGGCCACAGCCCACCAGAUGUUCCAUCCCUACCAGCACACGCCGCAAUAUGCAACUUAUCCGUCGGCUCCCAGCCAUGCCCAUUCGCACCCCCAUCACGGACAUCCGCAUCCACAUGCCCCGCAUCCGCACGCCCAUCCGCAUGCUCAUCCCCAGUACGCCGGUGCUCAUCCCCACUAUCCACCGCCCACUUCGUCAACCCACUUCAUGCCCCAGAACUUCAAUGCUGCCGCCUUUUCGUCGCCCUCGAAGGUCAACUACACAGCGAUGCCGCCGCAGCCGUUCUACCACUCCUGGUACUGAGGAGGGAUCCCCCGCCUCCACCUACUCCGCAGCAGGAGCAGGUGUCACCAUAUCCUAGAGAGACAAGUCGCCAAAGAUGUAAAUAGCAGGGGAUACAACAGAGAGGGAAGAGACAUGAAAAUACAAUUUAUUCACGGGGCAGUAUGGACGUUUUCCAAAUGGAAAACCUCUAAUACACUCGCCUCCCCAAAUAGUUCCAAUUCGUAGUCAUAAGUCUUACUUUAUGCUGUUUAGAUUUAAGAUGUACAUCCUAAGUAGCAAGUGCCUUGAAAAUAAA